CAGGUUGUGUACUGGUAUAUUUGUCCAAACAGGAGUACAUUCUUGUGUACAAGAUUUUAACAUGGAGAAACACUGGUCCACAGUUUGUGCACUGAUAACACUCGGUGCAUUUGUGCACUUUAACAUUGCUCUUGCUGCAGAAGCUGACGGCAAUUUAACAGUGAUUCUUCCAAAACCAGGCCACUGCCCACGUCUCCUUAAUGUUGUCCCAUCACAUAAGGGCUGUGUGUGUGAUGAAGACUGUCCUGCAGACCACAAAUGCUGUGUCUUUGACUGUGGAGCUGUCUGUGUCCCCCCUGCUUUCACCAAGCCAGGCGUGUGUCCUCGUAGGCGCUGGGGUGCAGGGUUGUGUGCGGAAUUUUGCUCUAAUGACAGCGACUGCCCCAAUGAGGAGAAAUGCUGCCACAAUGGAUGUGGACAUGAGUGCAUUGCACCAUACAAAGUGAAGCGGGGCCGCUGUGCUCUGCCCCAGGGAACACCCAUGUGUGCUGAGUACUGCUAUCAUGACGGUCAGUGUCCAGGAGAGCAGAAGUGCUGCAAGACAACCUGUGGACAUGCCUGCAGCGAGCCCUGCUGAUUGGACAGCCACAUCAGCUACAUGUACGCACUUGUUGUUGGUGUCAACAACAGAGUGAAGACAAAACGCAUCAUGUUCACUUCUUCUGCCCUUUCAACUCAGUAGUGGCACACAUCGGUCCAACAUUUGAGCACCGGUUUGAACAAAGUCAGAUUCUUUGACGGAGAAAGUAAAUCACUCUGCUUAGUAAGUAGUUAAGCCAUUUCGUGUGUGCGUAUGUGUGUAUACUUUAAGUACCUACAAAAAUCAGUUCUCGAAAGACCUGCAGUGUUUGUGUUUGAACUUGAUGAGUUUACUUAUGUAAUCAAGUAUUUCAUAUUAGUAAUAAUGUAUAUUCUAUUAUAAAUUAAUGAAAAUGUAGUGUACCUACAUAUCUGUUGCUAGUAGACUUUAAAGGUAUGAAACAAAUUAUAUUUCUCUGUAUUUCAACCAAUAAACAAGUUUGAGGAACCCAGAAA